GAGAAAGCAUCCGUUCCUGGUUGCUGGAAAAUGAAAGCGCUUACGUCACAUUGACGCAAGCGUCUUCCUGAUAAAGACAAAAAUGUCUGCGCCCAUGACAGAGAGUGCUGUUGACCACUUGUCUGCAGUUCGGCAUGUCAUACUGGUUUUGUCUGGGAAGGGUGGAGUUGGGAAAAGUACAGUGGCCACACAAAUAGCUUUAGGACUCCGACAUGCUGGAAAGAAGGUUGGUUUGCUUGAUGUUGACCUGUGUGGCCCCAGUAUUCCCCGUAUGUUCAAUGUCCAUCAACAAGAUGUCCAUCAGUGCACGGAGGGGUGGCUUCCGGUCUUUGUUGACAAAGAACAAAAACUUGCUUUGAUGUCAAUAGGGUUUUUGGUUGAAAAUGCUCAAGAUGCCAUCAUUUGGAGAGGACCAAAGAAAACAGCAAUGAUUAAACAGUUUCUGAGGGAUGUGGUAUGGCGGGAUAUAGAUUACUUAAUCAUCGACACACCACCGGGAACAACAGAUGAACAUAUUAGUGCUAUUGAGAACCUGAAGACAUACAACCCUGAUGGAGCAAUACUGGUCACCACCCCACAGGCUGUUUCUGUUGGAGAUGUGAAAAGGGAGAUAACUUUCUGUAGAAAGACCCACAUACCUGUGAUAGGAAUAAUCGAGAACAUGAGUGGAUUUGUCUGUCCAAACUGUACUGAAUGUACCAAUGUGUUUUCAAAAGGAGGAGGGCAAGCACUGGCCAAAGAAUACCAUGUGCCAUUUUUGGGUUGUAUCCCCUUGGACCCUGAGCUCUCAAAAUGUUCUGACGAAGGUAAAAGUUACAUAGAACACUACGAGGGAUCACCAACCUUACACGCCAUUCAGAAAGUGGUGGAUCGAUUAAUUCAGAUUGACAGAGACCUCCCGUGAACCCGGUACUGAAAAAUCGCAGGAUCCCAGCCAACGGAAAAAAGUGCUCUAUAAAUAAAUUGUCAUUCGGUGAUUUUACACUGCUGAAUGACUUGGUGAUUUUUUUAUACAGCUCUAUUAUUCAUCCUUGUCGUAACAGCUGAUAUUGUUGACAUGCAGCAGUGUAAGAGCUCAAUGAAAAACAACUCAGUUAAAUGAAAAUUUCUUGUUCAUUAAUGAUUUGCAAUCGAAAAGGAACUGCCAAAACAUUUUGGAACAGUUUUAUAUAUUUAAAAUAACAUUCAAGUUUUGAAAUAUUGCAUGAUUUUUUUUUUUUCAGAGAAAUAUUUUGUAUAGUAUGAGUAGAAGUUAAAUUUUGUAUUUAAAAUUUGAAUAAAUUCAUGCCAUUCCUUGUUUCAAGUAGUGCUAGCACUUGUUAAACUUCUUUUUUUACAAUAUACUUGUAUUGAUAUGUUUGUAGCAGCUUUUGGUAUAUAAAUAUAGAGGUCUUUUAAUAAAAUUGGUGCCAUACUGUAUUUAUUGUCCGUUACUGAAAAAUCGUUUUAGCUACAUGUAUAUUGUACAUUCCAUAAAUUGCACAGGGCAAAUUACCAAAACUUAGUUUUAAAAUUUUAUCUCCCUUAAAGUCAGAACUAGAGCAAAUAAAAUUUUUUAAAAAAUCCAUAUAUUUUGGCAAUUUUCUAAUAUUACCUGUAUUUUGGUAUCUAAAGUACCCAGUACAUGUUAAUUGUCACUUUGAUGAAUUUUUCUUUGCCCCAAUUUGGUAGAAAAUGUGUAAUUAUUAAGAAGUACAAACACUGAACUAUAGCUCCAUAUUUUUCCAUUGCAAUUCUUUGAAAUUAGAUUCAUUGAUUCAGAAUAAACUGUACAUGUUCAGCAAA